GAUAGCUUCCUGGCUGCUGUCAGUGCUGUAGCUGCUCACAGACCUGUCUGUUCGUGUCUGGAUCACCUCUGACCAGCUGCUGAAGAGAAGCGACCAUGGCACCUGGAAAUAAAAACAGGGUGUUUGUCAUCGGUGUGGGCAUGACAAAGUUUGACAAACCUGGAGCCCGAGACAACAGUGACUAUCCUGAUAUGGCCAAAGAAGCAGGUCAAAAGGCCUUGGCAGAUGCAGGAAUUCCAUACUCUGCCAUUGAACAAGCUUGUGUAGGGUAUGUUUAUGGGGACUCCACGUGUGGGCAGAGGGCCAUUUAUCACAGCCUGGGCCUGACUGGGAUCCCCAUCAUCAACGUCAACAACAACUGCUCCACAGGCUCCACUGCUCUCUACAUGGCACGGCAGCUGGUCCUGGGAGGUCUUGCUGACUGUGUGCUGGCCCUCGGGUUUGAGAAGAUGGAGAGGGGCUCUUUGUCUUCAAAGUAUAUGGAUAGGACCAAUCCCAUGGACAAGCACAUGGAGGUUAUGAUCAACCGUUACGGGAUGGUGGCAGCACCAGCAGCACCACAGAUGUUCGGCAAUGCUGGCAGGGAGCACAUGGAGAAAUAUGGAACGAAACCGGAGCACUUUGCUAAGAUUGCCUGGAAAAACCACAAGCAUUCAACCAACAACCCCUACUCCCAGUUCCAAGAGGAGUACAGUUUGGAGCAGGUGAUAAACUCCAGGAAGGUGUUUGACUUCCUUACUCUGCUUCAGUGUUGCCCUACGUCAGAUGGUGCUGGAGCAGCGGUUUUAGCCAGCGAGGCCUUCGUCAGGAAACACCAUCUAGAGAACCAGGCAGUGGAGAUUGUGGCCCAAGAGAUGGUGACCGACCUCGCCUCCACGUUUGAAGAAAACAGCUGCAUUAAGAUGGUUGGAUAUGACAUGUCUCGGUUGGCAGCUAAAAAGUGUUACGAGGCCGCAGGUCUGAAGCCCGGUGAUGUUAAUGUGGUCGAGCUGCACGACUGCUUCUCAGCCAAUGAGCUCAUCACAUAUGAGGCCCUGGGGCUGUGUCCAGAAGGUAAAGCUGGGGAUCUGAUUGACAGAGGGGACAACACCUAUGGAGGCAAGUUUGUAGUCAACCCCAGUGGUGGCCUCAUCUCUAAAGGACAUCCUCUGGGCGCCACAGGUCUGGCCCAGUGUGCAGAGCUGUGCUGGCAGCUCCGAGGGCAGGCGGGCAGGAGGCAGGUCCCGGGGGCAAAAGUGGCCUUGCAACACAACAUUGGCUUAGGGGGAGCUGUGGUCGUUGCUCUCUACAGGAUGGGAUUUCCACAGGAGGCCAGGUCCCACGUAGCUGCAGUUCUCACCAGCUCAGGCAGCGGCCUGGAGGGGUUUAAAGCUUCCCCUGUCUUCAAAGAGAUUGAAAAACAUUUAAAGGAGGAAGGAGAGCGGCUUGUCAAGAAGAUUGGUGGAGUCUUUGCAUUUAAAGUGAAGGAUGGACCAGAUGGGAAGGAGGCGACUUGGGUUGUGGAUGUGAAAAGUGGCAAAGGCUCUGUCACCAAUGAUCCAGAUAAAAAGGCAGACUGCACUUUGUCCAUGAGCGACGAGGAUCUUCUGGAUUUGAUGACAGGAAAGUUGAACCCACAAACGGCGUUCUUCAAAGGAAAGCUGAAGAUCACUGGAAACAUGGGUAUGGCUAUGAAGCUGCAGAACCUCCAGGUUGCACCAGGCAAGGCCAAGCUGUGAGACCUGGAGUUAACCUUUGGUCCUUUGAGCAACAGUUCAAAGGACAAAGCAAAACUUGAUUUGUCCUCUUGAAACUUUAAUUUUUGCUAAUCAACAAACUCACUUCAUAAUGUGUUUGAUUUUGAGAGACAGUCCUUAAAAUUUCGCUUUCAGCUGCUGCUUUGAUAUCAUUGUGCAUACAGAACGGCUACUGUACACAUUGUUGGGUCUAGACCAAUCAGUCUUUGGAUUAUGAAGCAUCCAGUGAGUCUAACAGGAGCUGCGUGUGAGUGUGAGUGGCUUCACAGUUUGUCAAAACGUGCCUCUGACCUCUGUCUAUAACAUUAACUAAAGCCAUUUUUGGCCUCAACCAUUUUCAUAGAUAAUUUUGUAUAGAAUAUAUACUGUAAAUGAAUGAAAUUAUCUUUUUUUUUUUUAAUAAAUCCUUCACUUACAAUACAAAUGACAAUC